AUGACGGAUAUAUCAGAAAAAUUAGAUAACCUACAUCUAUCAAAUAAAAUCGUUGAUUCAAAGAAAGAUAAACAACAACCAUUUCCAAAUUUGGAUCAACGAAAAGGAGGUAUAAUACAUAUAAGAAAUAAUGUACAUAAAAAUGGAACAAAUAUAAACACAGCAGCUGCGCGUAAAAGAUCGAAUUCGCAAUCACAAGUUGUUAAUCUACCUAUAAAACCAAAAACUUCAAGAGAUUUUUCGAAUACUUACAAUAGUAAUCUUACCAAUGCUUAUCCCAAAAAGAGAAAUCAUAUGCAAUAUUAUGUUACACUAUUACCCUUAAAUGAUACAUUUAUAAGAAAACAUUUACCAGUUUCAAUAUUUCCAGAAACCACUAAACUAGGUAGACCUACAGGAGCAAAACAUAAACCAGAUGUAACAAAUGGAUAUUUUGAUUCAAGAGUUCUAUCUAGAAAUCAUGCACAAGUUUAUAUAGAUUCAAAUAAUGGGAAACUAAUGUUGCAAGAUUUAGGUUCAUCAAAUGGUACAUACCUAAAUGAUACAAGACUUACUAAUGAACCAACAGAAAUUAAAAUUGGAGAUAUCGUUUGUCUUGGGUUUAAUGUACAAGCAGAAUCAACACACAAACAAAUAAGUCUAAAGAUUGAUAAUAUAGAUAUCAUUGCAAAUACUAACUUUGAUACUUCAUCAAUGAAAAAUCAGUAUGAUACUCCACAAUUUAAACAUUUAUCAUUUGUUGAAGAUAUAUAUCGAAAAAUUAAUGCCGAAGAAAAGCAGCCACAAAAUCAAUCAUCAAGUUUUGACAGUGCAAUGUUUGGUGAUGUUAAUCCAAUUUUAGAGGAUGAGUUAUUAGGGUUGUUCUCAAAUAAUUCAGGAAUAUAUAAUAACUCACAGAUCAAAAACACAACUGCAUUUGAAAAUAUAAUUAAUAGUUUACUUGCCAAUUUAUCAAAAGUUAAACAACAAUCAUCAGCAUUAAAUUCAUUACAAAACUUUUUGGUUGGAUAUCAAAAAGACUUAAAUGAGAUAAAUAACAAAUUUAUAGAAGAAGAAUUUUCUAAUAGAAGCAAAAGUAUAAGUGAUGAAUUAAGUAAGGAGAAAACAAAAAAUAAACAACUAGAAGAUCAACUUAAAAAGUUUACAAAGGCUAAAGAAGUUGAAAUUGAAAAACUCAAUAACAAAAUUCAGCUGGUGGAAAAUGAUAAAUCCAAUAUGUUUGAAUCAAUAAGGGCUUUACAAAUUCAAGUUGAUGAUAACGAACUAAAGUAUAAAAACACAAUGGAACAAUUAGAACAACUACAGUCUCAUAAAACAAAAGAUGUUGCUACAUCUACAGCUGAUGAUUUUUCAAAUGAUGAAGAAACACAUGAUUUAGUUUCAGAUGCAAUUAAUGCAUUCAUAAUGGAUUUAUCAAGAACUCCAUCAGUACGCGAUAACAUGAAAAGUUUGGAGAAUACUUCAAUAAGUAAAAGUUCAACAUUAAAAGAUGCAAUUGAAUUAACUCCUCCAUCAUCAGAUAAUGAAGAAGAAGAAGAUGAGGAAAAUCUCUCAGGAUUAGAUGAAAAAAGCUCACAAGAUGAAAGUUCAACAAGAAAAUCAUCGAAAGAAUUAUAUACAGAAAAUCUUUUAUCAUCUUCAAUUAUAGCAACAAAUCUUAUACUUAAUGAAGUAGAACCAUUCCCAAAAGUUGAAGAUUCUCCAAGUAUUUCAUCAACAAGUUCGAUUCUGCUGUUAACUGAUAAAAACUUAAAAUCACUGACAUUAAAUAAUCAUAAAAAAUUUACAUUCAUCAAGUUAUCUGAUCAAGAUAAACAAAGAUUCCUGACUUUUGCAAUUGCUAUGUCUUUUUUAUUACUAGGGUUUUAUUUACAAAGAUUAGUUAAUUAA